AUGACUACCUCUGCCGAUUCCCUCGUUGCUUUUGGACAACAACAUGUCACCAGAGGCCUCGGCCGCCUCACAGAAGCUGUUAUGACAAAGGGUGAGGGUUCGUACGUGACCUUUGAGGAUGGGCGUAGGAUGUUAGAUUUCAGCUGUGGUAUCGGUGUGACAAACCUUGGUCAUUGCCACCCGAAGGUUUCCAAAGCUGCAGCAGAUCAAUGUGUGAACAUUGUUCAUGCUCAGUGCAGCAUCUCAUUCCAUGGCCCUUACUUGCGCCUUAUCGAGAAACUCCUUCCAAUCAUGCCUGAUCCCUCGCUUGAUUCGUUCUUCUUUUGGAACUCAGGCUCUGAAGCCAUUGAAGCAUCCCUCAAGAUGGCACGACAAAUUACUGGCCGGCAGAACAUUAUCGCCAUGCAGGGCGGUUAUCAUGGUCGAACGUUUGGUGCCAUGGCUGUUACAAAGAGCAAGACAGUCUAUAGUGAAGGAUUCUUUCCAUUGAUGCCUGGGGCAUUUGCUAUACCGUUCCCGUACUGGCACCAACUGGGAUUAUCGAUCAAUACGAGUGAAGAAGAGCUCGUCCGACUCUCAUUGUAUCAACUAGAUCUUGUUCUCAAACAACAAACAGCUCCCAGAGACACCGCUGCCAUCAUCGUCGAGCCUGUACUUGGAGAGGGUGGUUAUGUACCAGCCCCUGCAUCUUUUCUCAAAGGAUUGCGUGCCGUCUGCGACAAACAUGGCAUCCUCCUUAUUGUAGAUGAAGUACAGAGUGGAUUCGGUAGGACUGGCAAGUACUUCAAUGUUGAAUAUAGUGGUGUCCGACCCGAUAUCCUGAUAAUCGCAAAGGGCCUUGCAAAUGGAUUCCCGUUGAGUGGUGUGGUCAGCAGGAAAGAGCUCACGGAUAAGUUAGUACCGGGUUCCAUGGGAGGUACAUAUGCAGGCAACGCCGUAUCAUGCGCUGCUGCGGUGGCUGUCGCUAACGCCUUCCGUGAAGAGAAGGUACUCGAUAAUGUUUCGGCUCGUUCGAGCGAACUUUUAACAUCGUUAAAGUCCCUCCGUGAUGACCCAGAAGUAGGGAGCAUGGUCGUCGAUAUCCGGGGCCAGGGCCUGAUGGUUGCUGUCGAGUUUGCAUCCCCGUUGUACUCUCCAACUGAUCCCGCACUGGUUCCGUCCGCACCGAAGAACCUCGCAAGUCGUGUGGCGAAGCGCUGCAUGGAGAAGGGGCUUCUAAUCCUCACGACUUCAUUAUAUGAGGUCAUCAGGUUCAUACCUCCUCUGAAUAUCUCGCAGGGUGAUUUGCAAAAAGGUUGUCAGAUAUUUGCGGAAUCAGUCAAAGAAGUCGUCCGAGAAGGUUGA